UGGAAGGGUGGAGCGGGGUGGAGGUUGCUGUGUACGAAAUGUACCAUAGCAUCCCUGUCCUAAACGAUCGCUUUUUCACUACCUGUGUCAUCACAGCUCAACAGACCGAUACCGAUCUUAUCGUUGUUCAGCUGCCGUUCGAUAUCAACGCCCUGCCCGAGGAGUUCAAGCAACGAAGCCAACGCCACCCCAACCUACGAAGUCCUAAGUUCGAAUACAAGCCCACACAGAGUGAAGGCUCAUACCAAGACGACGAAGCGGCGAAGAAGAAGGAUGGCGUGAGUCUCGUUGAGGGACGCUAUGUCAGUGUCGAGUACGUCUCUGUAGGGAAUACGGGCAAAGAUGGACAGAGCGAGGUUACGUGGAAGAUGGCGACGGCGAGUGAUGCCGCAGGGAAGAUUCCGCAGUUUGUCACGAACACGUCGUUGCCGGGGCAGGUUAUUAAUGAUGUGCCGUGGUUCUUGAAUUGGGUUAAUGGGAGGAGGAACUAGGGGGAGGGAGCACUGGGGAGGUAGCUAGGACACGGGUUGAUAUUCAGAUGUUGGUUCUACUUGCUUUUUGGCGUUGUCUGGGUCUUCCAACGCCCACUGGGCAUUCUGAACAAGUUGAAAGUAUUAUAUGCUGAAAAUCUGAGCGAGCUAUGCUUACGACGAUAUCGCGAAAUCUGAUAGAAAGAAGAAUACAAAGAUACACACU